GCGCGGCGGCCAGGGCGCCGGGUGGAAGCGGGGCUCUGGGAAGGAGCCUGCUGGCAGGCCGUCGCCAAGAAGCAGCGUCUAGGCUCGGUCUCUGGCAGAGAGACCGCACGCUGCGGAUUUUGUGUGGCGUUUUGGAGUAAUCAGUUCUCGCUGGCUACGUGUUUUGUGCGCUCGUCUGCGUUGAGAGUUGCUCUUCAGACUUUGAAGCCCUUGACAUACGUGACAGUAUCCCUUGGAGGCUUUUACCUAAGGCUGAACUAAGCUUCUAGCAGUUUUCAGCUACGUUUAGGCUCCUCAUUGCAUAGGUUAGUUAGUUACGUUUUUGGCACUCUGCAAAUAUUUCUAGAAAUCCAUUCUUCUCUCCCCAUAGGAGUUUCUUUCUUGAUCGAAUUAACGUUGGAAAUCCUGCUAUAGGCAAAGACUUCUUUUUUUCCACCUUAAACACUAGAUGUCAUUUACUUACUUGCUUAGUAGCCUGCACAUAAGGCACUUUCUCGCUGCUGCUUUGGGAGAGUUGCUGCUGACAUUUAAAAGUAGAGACAAGGGUGAACACCCCUGGAUUUUUCUCUUCAUCCCCUCUCUUCUCUCCUCUCCCCGCCUUGUGUCUCUUACAGGGUUGCGUCGAUCACCCAGUUGUUCUGACAGAAGCGGUGUGCAAUCCUCUGUAUUCAAGGCAAAUGAUGUCAGAGCUCCUCUUUGAAUGUUAUCAAGUUCCAAAAGUGUCGUAUGGCGUAGACAGCUUGUACAGUUUUUACCACAACAGAAGGCAGAACUGGCCCUGCAGUGGUUUGGUAAUAUCCUCAGGUUACCAGUGUACGCAUAUUUUGCCAGUGUUAGAAGGCAGGUUGGAUGCUAAAAACUGCAAACGUAUUAAUCUUGGAGGAUGUCAAGCCGCCGUAUAUCUCCAACGCCUCCUUCAGCUGAAAUACCCAGGACAUUUUGCUGCCAUCACUCUCAGCCGCAUGGAGGAAAUACUGCAUGAGCAUAGCUACAUUGCAGAGGACUAUAUAGAAGAGCUACAGAAGUGGCGAUCCCCUGAGUACUAUGAGAACAACAUGCACAAGAUGCAACUGCCUUUCUCGAACAAACUUCUAGGCAGCACGCUUACGUCAGAGGAAAAGCAGGAGAGACGGCAGCAGCAGUUACGUCGACUUCAAGAACUAAACGCACGUCGUCGAGAAGAGAAGCUGCAACUUGACCAAGAGAGGCUUGAUAGGCUGCUGUAUGUACAGGAACUUCUAGAAGAUGGUCAAAUGGAUCAAUUUCACAAAGCUUUGGUAGAGCUGAACAUGGACUCUGCAGAAGAACUUCAGUCUUACAUCAACAAACUGAGUCUGGCAAUUGAACAAACAAAGCAGAAAAUCCUACAGGCAGAAGUCAAUAUUGAAGUGGAUGUUGUGGACAGCAAACCAGAGACCCCUGAUUUGGAUCCGUUAGGCAGUGAACAGUCACUGGAGGAUGUGGAAAGCAUUAAUGAGUUUGAGCCUUUGUUUGCUGAGGAGCAGCCUGAAGUUGAGAAGCCUGUUGCUGCAGUGCAGCCCGUGUUUAACCUGGCAGAGUACCACCAGCUUUUUCUUGGCACUGAGAGAAUCAGGGCUCCAGAGAUCGUCUUCCAGCCUUCUCUGAUAGGAGAAGACCAGGCAGGAAUAGCAGAAACCAUGCAAUAUGUCCUUGAGAGGUAUCCAAAGGAGCAACAGGCUGUUCUUGUCCAGAAUGUUUUUCUCACUGGUGGAAAUGCAAUGUACCCUGGACUGAAAGCCAGAGUCCAGAGAGAACUCCUUGAAAUGAGGCCAUUCCAGUCGUCUUUUCAGGUUCAUCUUGCUUCCAGUCCCAUUUUAGAUGCCUGGUAUGGGGCUAGGGAUUGGGCAGUGGAAUACAUGACCCGUGAGGAAGGCUGGAUAACCAGGAAAGACUAUGAAGAAAAGGGGGGAGAAUACCUCAAGGAACACUGUGCUUCAAAUGUCUAUGUUCCCAUUCGCCUUCCAAAGCAGGCCCCACGGACAACUGAGGCAUUAGCGCCUAGCAGAGUGCUGGCAUCCAGCACAGGCAAUCCCUGUGAGCAAGCGUAGCACAGAGCCUUUGUCAUAUACUCUCCUGGGGAGAUAACGGUGCAAAGAAGGGAAGAGCUCUGCAGAAUGAGCUAUGCAUAGAGUAAAGGCCUCAGCCUAGCCUUGCUGGCUAGUCAGAGGGCAUAAGGUAUCUCAUCUGGUCACUUGAAAGAGAAGAAACUGUUCAAAGGCUCUGGGGCAUCACUUGGCACAGUCAUAGCACUUGCUGCCUGUACACACCACGGGAGUACAUACCGGCCAGAAGGAACACAGCAGAAGCACAUUCCAGCGAAUGCAAUUUUUCUCAUAAACUUUAACUCAGUCUUUUUAUGAGGGUAUGCUUUAUAUGUUUUUUAUUUGGUUGUUUUUUUUAAUUAAAAGUUACUGAUUUUAUACUGUCCCUAUUGCAUGAUCCAAAAACUGGGCUUGUAUCAAGCCAAUCAGUCCAGCAGGCGUCUCCCUUGCUCAUUGCUGUGAGCAUUCGUCAGGACACGUCAAGCUACUAGAGACCAGAGACGGGCUGAUCUAUGGGUUUCCUUCUGAGGCCUCUUUGACUCGCAUCUCGUUUGAUUUCCUCCCCGCUAUGCGCUUUCUGUUAAAUCACUGCAGAAUCAGUGGUGGGAUUUAAGAUACUUUCUAACAGUGAAAUGAUGUCCUGUUUGGAACUGGAGACCUGGUCGCAUAAAGCUCUGUUCAGCUACAAAGAAAGAACCCUUCAUAAAGCACAAUCUGGAAGGAUCUCCAGCUCCUUUGGGGUCCUUAGGUUUUUACAAGAGUCGUGGCCGAACAGAGGAGCACCUGACUGGUGGGACUCUUCUAUAUUGCUGUUUGAAAAAGUUGGCUGGGGGUACCUCCAUGUUAGUGGGCUUUUUAGGGCUAAUCUGUAAUUAGUACAGAGUAAUACACAAUCCAUUGGCUUCUUCCAUUGGAAACACCUUUGCUCUUUCCCCCGAAACCGUCAGCGUCAGCUUUAUUUUAGCAAGGCUGGGAAAUGAGAGGAGACUGAUCCCUUACCAGAAGAGCCCUGAUAACCUCAAUGUGGUAUCAUAAUAUUAUGAUGAGUGCCAACACCAAUGCGGUCAGGGUUAACAGAAGCUAAAGAGGUCAGCAAAUUUACCUUUUUACUUAAUAGAUAACGUUUAAAUUCUGUUUGCAGUCUGACGAAAAGCAGAAUAGGCUAUCGUCAUCUUAAGUUGUUUUAACAGUAAAGCAAACUAUUUGUGCUUUA